AUGCUUGAAGUCAACUGCACCGGCAGCCCCCGCGCCAUCGGCCUCACCCACGGCACAGCCGCUAGGUCCUUGGUCCAUGGCUCGUUGGCAUUCUACAAGAUGCUCUUCCAAACGAAAUGUAAAAUGGACUGGUCAGAUGCCAAACUAUUUGCUCGUAUAUUCCACCCUUAUCUAGAGCAGAAUUGGCCUCAGUAUGUUGCGGAAAUGGAAGGCGUUGCCGAGGGCGCCGGAGUCAGCUACGAGGACAUUCUGGUGCUGAAUGCGCCAAAUCUCCUCCGUCUAAACAUCAAAAAGGAAGAUGGGACGUCAGUUCAAAUGAUAGCCGAAGCCGGCAUCCUCGGGAAAAUAGGCCUUAACUCCCACGGCGUGGGCUGCACACUCAACGCCAUUACUGCCCACGGAGUUUCAUACAACAAACUGCCCUGCCACCUGGCUCUAAGAACUAUCCUGGAGUCGACUUCUCGCUCUGCUGCGAUUCAGAUGCUCGAAGCAGAGGGUGUGGCCAGUUCUUGUCAUCUGCUAGUUGCGGAUGUCACAGGAGGGACAGGGCUGGAGUGUAGUUGCGAGGACAUUGUGCGGCUGGAAAUGGAUCUGGAGGGCCUGGUAAUGCAUACCAAUCACUACAUCUUACCGCACAACGAAAAGGUGGUCGAAUCCAAAAACUUGCUGCCCGAUACGUGGUAUCGACUAAGGAGGAUUGGCGAGUUAGUGGAUGCGGUGAAGGAGGAGGGGCCAAGCAUCGAGGUUGUCGAGAGGUUGUUCCUCGAUGAGGUCGAGGGCGAUGGGUCGAGUAUCUGCAGGCAUUAUCAGGACGUCGAUGAGCUGGCGACGUUGUUUAGGAUUGUGAUGGAUCUAGGCGAGAGAAGGGCGACCGUCAGUGUGGGCCUACCGGUUGAUCCGGUUGAGAAUUUCGAGUUGAGGCCAUAG